AUGAGUUACCGCCAAGUGCUCCUUGAGCGUUGCGUGACCAUUAUAUCAACACGCAGGCGGCAACUGGCGUAUUUCCGAGCCCACUACAGUCACGAAGAGACAUUUGCUUUGGAACAGCAAGUGACAAGAUUCAAGCCGCCAACGUCGACCCUGGUGUCAUCCUCAUCUGCCGCGUCAAUCGCCGAUUGCGGACUAGGAGACGGACGCUCGUUUGGCGUACCGCCACCACCGAAGCUGGUUGGAAACGAGGAAGAGAAGCCGUGUCCCUACUGCUACCUCGUACUGCCAGCCGAGACAUUCUCGACGCAGCACAAGUCAGAGCGCUGGGAGCAACAUUUCGUAAAAGACUUGGGGCCGUAUAUCUGUCUUGGCUCCAGCGACGAUGAGACGCUCAUUUUCAACACUCUCGAGAAGCUUGAAGAUCACAUCAUGAUUUCCCAUCCGGGCCUUGAUCCAUCGUCCGCCGAAGAUCGGUUCCGUCAUCAACGUCAAACCUAUCCCUUGCCCCAACGGUGUUUCGUCUGUUGGCAAGUAACUCCUGAAUUCGAAACGCUGUUGAAGCACAUUGCCAGUCAUCUCGAGUCCAUGUCGUUGUCUGCUCUGCCUUGGCGGGACGACAUUACAGGCGAGGAAUCCAUGGCAAGCGACAGGGCUACUUGUUUGGUUGCUACCGACGUCGACGGCAGUGACGCCAUAGACACAGAGCUCGAUGGCACCUUGUUCUGCGGCUGGGAAGAAACAGACGAGGUAAUGAUGGACCCAGCGAGACAGCUUGACGAGCAUGAAUUCUCUUCUUUGCUUUUGGCGGCGAAUGAACCCCCUCCUGACCGCUUGCAACUUCUAGAGACAUGGGUUCAAGAAAGCUGCCUGAACGCUCCAGGAUGGAGUCGAGGACGAAGAAACUGGUCGCUGCCCUUGAUUGUUGUCAAGACAAUCACGAAUCUCCGCAAGAACGCAGUGUGGUCUCAAGCGCGGCGUGGGGGAACCCGAAUUCGAGACCGUAUACCUCGGCAUAGAGACUACGCUGUUGGAUGGAUAUGCGCACUGAGAUCUGAAUACGAAGCAAGCAAGGCCAUGCUUGAUUAUGAGUAUAAACUACCUUUCCCAAACAGCGAUUACGACCCCAACGAAGAUCGUAACACGAGGCGUGGUCGUGAUACAUACGCAUAUGGCCGCAUUGGGCAUCAUGAUGUUGUUAUUGUAUGUAUGUCAUCCAGCUGUUAUGAAAAGUUAUCCGUUUCGGGUAUCGUGAAAGAUAUGCGAGGCUUCUUCCCAUUCCUAAUGGUUUUUACAAUGGUGGGGAUUGGGGGCUACGUCCCAUCUACAUCAAAGGAUUUUCGACUGGGAGAUGUUAUGGUGGGCGAUCCCGCAAUCAGCUCUGGAGAUUUUAUCCAGUACGACUCUAGGAGAAUCAGUCGAGAGCGCACAUUUUCACAGACAAGAUCCCUGGAUACCUGUAGGCUUCCUAAGGAUUUACAAACAGCUAUUAGAACGCUAAAGGCAGGUCACCAAACCGGGCAUAGACUCUCCAAAGAGUGGCAAGCCAUACUCGACCGAUGUGAAGAAAUGAAGAUUCAGGACAGCCUACAAAGCCCGGAGACUGAUAUCCAAUUCAGCAUUGACGAUGAUCCUUUCGGCAACGAGGGUGACCGUUCACGAUGCCCUAAGGAUCUGAUGGAGUUGCAACGAGCUUGUGUUUCAGAUUCUGUCGUCCAUUACGGUUUAAUAGCCUCCGGGAACGAAAUAACGGAACACGGUGCAACGAGAGAUACAGUCUUCCGUUGCCUUGUUAUCCGCAGCAUUAGCGACUACGCCGACUCGCACAGGAACGAUAUCCGGCAGCCAAACGCAGCAGCAAUGGCAGCGGAAUAUGAAAAGGAGCUUCUUCACACUCUCCCUUCGGCCGCGUCGGCAGCCAAAUCUAUGGAUGUUUGGUAUCGCCUCACUCCAUACUUGUCACAUACCGAUAGCGUCGAUAUUCAAGAAGAUUCCACCUCUGCGAAUGGCAACAUGCGAAUUCCAUUGGCGCCGAACGACGCAAAACAACCAGACCAGUACUGGAAAUUCCAGCCUAAUGACACCAAGGGGUCUUGGGCCAUUUCCACCAUGGCUCUUCCUGAUAGCGUGCUUGGUAUUCAUCCUGGUGAUGACAGUCGCCUGCGCCUCGAGCCAGCGGUUUUUCGCAUGGGACAACAAUGGCAAAUCAUCCAAAGAGGCGGCGGUGCCGUAAACAUAGGGAAUAGAUCUUUAGGGUCUGAAGGGUAUCUCUGUACAAGAGGUCAUCCCGUAGCAUUAUCGCUGUCUGAAAAGAAUGAGAACGAUGCGUCGCAGCUGUGGCGCUUACACCCCUUGGGCAUUGUAGGGCCACAAUGUUCACAGUCGGACGACAUGGUGAUUGAUUGA